CAGUUUUUUCCUUUACAUCAUGUUCGCCACCAAAGUCGUGAGAUCCCCUGAGAUGGUCAAUAAAGUCCUGCAGAGCUUUUAUGCGGCCGGCGGUUACGACGCUCUUGUCCUACCCAAGCUUUCUAUUGUAAACUCGGAGACAGGUCGUGUUCAAGCUAAAUUUCAAGUCGAAAAACAGCAUCUGAACCGUCUGCAAUCGGUGCAUGGGGGUCUGUUGGCUACCGCGGUGGAUAUUGGUGGGUCUCUCGCCCUCGCAUCCCACGGAUUAUUUGCCACCGGGGUCAGCACAGACAUCAAUAUCAGUUACAUCUCCGGCGCCAAAGAAGGACAAACAAUCACUCUCGAUGCACGUUGUGAUAAACUUGGAAAAACAUUGGCUUUCACUUCGAUCGACUUGACAGCAGAUGGCCGUCUAGUUGCUACGGGUCGCCACACCAAAUUUGUUGCCCAGGCUUACAGCCAUCCCGAGAAUGAACUCGGCCGCAAAAAAUCACAUUAACUAACACUAAACGACAUACCGUCAUAGAAAAUACAACUGACAGAGCAAUCUGUUUGCUGAUCAACUUUUGUGGUUUAAAGUCAUUCCUUCCUUUUUUUUAAAAAAAUAACUGAUCAAAGCAAACUGGGCCAUCCCAAUUGUCUUUUCGAUCUAUUAUUACCACUAUCAGAUGAAGGACAAUGUCUGGAAAUCACCUAAAUACAAUAAAGUCUCAAAAACUAUCAAUAAAUAUUCCAGGACGCUCAUAAACUAUCGAAC